AUGGCAGUAAGUCAAAGAUGUUGUAUAAUUGUUGGAGUGGCAGUAGUCAUUGCUGCUAUGAUAAUUGGAGUUGUUGUCUUCUUCCUCGUUCGAGAUAAUGGAGAUAAUUGUGAUGAUGAAAAUAUUAAGGAAUAUGAUGGUCCAACAUGGGGCUACAUUUGUGAAGAUUUUCUAUGCAAACGAAUCGAAAAUACUCUUGACAACAUGAACGAGACAACAAGCUUUAAUGUUUGCAGACUAACAUGUGGCGAAGAUAUAGGAACUCUGUGGCCUGUACCAAGUGGUCGAGUUAGUAAUAGUAGAAGAUAUUUACCUAUUGAUAUGAACCGAUUCACACCUCGUGUUGCUCAAGUGUUAAAUUCAUCAAUAUAUUUUGACAUAGCUUGGAGUAGAUUUCAGGAUAUGCAGAUGAAAAAGGCUAAAGACUCUGAAAGUCCUAUGAUAGGAGAACCGCUCUUAGUUGUAAUGCAUGCGGACACUAAUGAUAUGAGUUUUACUUAUGAUACUGAUGAGAGUUACACUUUGGAGACUGUCAGAACGAUUGGAGCAGUUUUUGUGAAUAUUGUUGCUAAAAAUUUCUAUGGAGUAAGGCAUGCCCUAGAAACUCUUUCACAGCUGAUAGUCUACGAUGAAUUUGAGAAUGAAUUAGUCAUACUGUGUCCAGUUAAAAUAUCAGAUGGACCUAAAUUUCCCCAUCGUGGAAUAUCGUUCGAUACUUCAAGGAAUUUUUAUCCAAUAUCAGCAAUUAAAAGAACUAUUGAAGGAUUAGCUAUGGUGAAACUCAAUACAUUCCAUUGGCACAUAACAGACAGUCAAAGUUUUCCGUUUGUCUUGAAAUCUUAUCCUGAAAUAACAAAACUUGGAGCUUAUUCACCAGAUAGAGUCUAUUCACACGAAGACAUUAAAGAAGUUGUUGAGUUUGGUAAAUCCCGAGGUGUAAGAGUCAUUCCAGAAUUUGAUACACCAGCACAUGUAGGCGAAGGAUGGCAAAAUACAGGAUUAGUUAUAUGCUACAAAGAUCCAUCAAUGGAAGCUCAAUGGCGUGGACAUUUUGAUCCAACAAAAGAUGAAUUAUAUGAUGUCCUUGAGAACAUUUAUAAGGAAUUUGUUGAUGCAUUUAAUCCACCAAUGUUUCAUAUUGGAGCUGAUGAAGUUGGUAUUGAUUGCUGGAACACAAGCACAACCAUUAAGGAAUGGAUGACUACCAGAGGAAUGGAACAUACUAAAGAAGGAUUUAUGGAACUUUGGGAAUACUAUUUAGAGAAUUCUGUUCAGAGAUUAGAAAAAUCUUUUGGAAAUACAGUUCCAAUUAUCCUUUGGACGAGUUCUCUAACUCAAGAGCCCUAUUUAACAAAGCACCUAGACAAAGAUCGUUAUAUCGUACAAGUUUGGCUGUACAAAAAUGAUACAGAAAUUAAAGCAUUAUUGGAAAAUGGAUAUAAACUUAUCUUAUCCAAUUCCGAUGCUUUAUAUCUAGAUUGUGGUGUUGGCGGAUGGGUUAAUGAUGGUCUAAAUUGGUGCUCUCCUUACAAUACAUGGCAAACGCUUUACCAAAACAAAAUUGAUGAAAUUGCUGGUGAAUAUGUAAAUCAAGUUUAUGGUGCCGAGGUUGCAAUCUGGAGUGAGUCAAUUGACUCAACUAUUAUUGAUUUAAGAGUAUGGCCAAGAACGUCUGCUUUUGCUGAGAGAAUGUGGUCAGAUCCACAAACGCACUGGAAAAUGGCUGAACCAAGAUUAUUGAUUAAUCGAGAAAGAUUGGUUAAAAUUGGAGGAAUUGCUGCUGAAAUGCUUCAGCCUGAAUGGUGCUUACAGCAAGAAGGAUUAUGCCCUUUUCCUUAA